CUGAUCCAAGACACCAUAGUUCUGUCCAGGACUCUACACUGGGGAUAAGGACAUGGGACUCCUCCUGCCAGAUUCCAGAUGGUUCAUUACAACUAACAUCUUGGUUGACAACUGUGAAAAGGAACUGUGGAUUCUUUUAUUUUAUUUUUGUGGGAGACCACAAUCUCCAAACAGUAGGAAAUACCAGGUUCCAUAUUUCUUGUAGAAUUUUAGAAUAACCUUUUCUAAUGAGGAUGUCUGAUAUUCUCACUGUAAAUGAUGAAACUGAUGCAAUGAAGGGUUCAGAAGCUGAAUUUAAAGAUACAGGCCCAGUUGAAAACCUUAUAAAAUCAAGAAGUCAGGAGCAGAUUCAAGCAGAAAAGAAUGAAAACUGUCCUGACAGCAAAACCAAUAUGCCGCGGCCAGUGCAGUCUUUUGGACAGACAGCAAAAAGGUCGAAGUCAAACACAAAGUUAAAGUUAGUUCGGAGCCUUGCUGUAUGUGAAGAAUACCCACCACCUCCCACAGCUGAAAUAUCACAGGACCUCCAGGAGAAAAUUCAGAUCCAGUUGUCACAGUCUUUUGAAAAAGAAGAAAAGCCUGCAAAAGAUGAAACAGAAAAGGAAAAAUCCAGUGAUAAAUUGUCCAGAAAAAUGUUAUCAAGAGAUUCCAGCCAGGAGUAUACAGAUUCCACUGGUAUAGAUCUUCAUGAAUUUUUAGUAAAUACAUUAAAAAAUAAUCCCAGGGACAGAAUGAUGCUGCUGAAAUUAGAACAGGAAAUUUUAGAUUUCAUUGGUAAUAAUGAAGUUCCAAGAAAAAAGUUUCCCCCGAUGACAUCUUACCAUAGAAUGCUGUUGCACAGGGUAGCUGCUUACUUUGGAUUAGAGCACAACGUGGACCAGAGUGGGAAGUCAGUCAUAGUAAAUAAAACUAGCAAUACAAGAAUACCUGACCAAAAGUUUUGUGAGCAUAUAAAGGAUGACAAGAGUGAUGAUUUCCAGAAGCGGUACAUCCUUAAAAGAGAUAACUCUAGUUUAGACAAAGAUGAUAACCAGAUGAGAAUACGAUUAAAAGAUGACAGAAGAAGUAAAUCCAUAGAAGAACGUGAAGAAGAAUAUCAGAGAGCUAGAGAAAGAAUAUUUGCACAAGAUUCCCUGUGUUCCCAAGAGAACUAUUUCAUUGAUAAAAGAAUCCAGGAGGAAGAAACUAAUAGUACACAACAAAGACGACAGAUACUUAGAAUCAAUAAGGAAGCAUCAGGGAGGUCAGCCAACAGCCACCAGAGCAGUACGGAGAAUGAAGUGAAGUAUUGUGAGCCCCGUCCCUGGAGCAGCACCGACUCCGACAGCUCCAGCCGCAACCUGAAGCCAGCUGUAACGAAAGCCAGCAGCUUCAGUGGGAUAUCAGUUCUGACAAGAGGAGACAGCUCUGGAAGCAGCAAAAGCACAGGCAGGCUGUCUAAGACAGGUUCAGAGUCUUCUAGUAGUGUAGGGUCAUCCACGGGUUCUCUUUCUCACACCCAGCAGCCUCUUCCAGUGCCAGCUCUAAGCCAGCCUUCUCAUGGCACGCCUGCCGUCUAUCCAACUGUCAGCACUAGUAACUCUCUUUCCUUUGAUGGUGGCAUAAGCGGGCAAGUGGCACCUACUAGCACUAGCUUCUUUUUGCUUCCCUUGGAAGCCGCAGGCAUUCCGCCUGGCAGUGUUCUGAUCAACCCUCAAACAGGUCAGCCCUUCCUUAAUCCAGAUGGCACUCCAGUUGUGUACAAUCCUCCUCUGCCUCAGCAGCCUGUUAGGAGCCAAGUGCCUGGGCCUGCGCAGCAGCCGCCUCUCCCCGCACCGCCGCCGCAGCCCCCAGCUAACCACGUCCUCUCCCAGCAAGACAGCCUAGGAUCACAGUUUAGCCAUAUGAGUCUUGCCCGCCAGCCACCCGCUGACCCAGCUGAACCUCACGCUGCUCUGUUCCCGUCCACGGUGGUCCUGCAGCCCCCACAGCAGUCCGGUUAUAUCCUCGCAGCCGCUCCACCUCCACCGCCCAACGGCCAGCAAGUUUCUGCCCCGGGCUACUCGACAUCCAGCCACCCUGUCAGCCAGCAAGUCCUCCAGCAGCAGGGAUACAUGCAGCAACCUGUGCCACAGGUGCAGCUUUGUUUUCUGCCCUCUCCAUGUGGUACACAGGGUAUAGCAGUGACGUUGGUCUGCACACCAAUCCCUGGUGCCACUGGAAAAGCUACACAUACAUUUCCACAUAGACAACUGUGUAUAAAACGUGUUCAUUAUUUCAAAAUAAGAUUUAAAUGUGUAAUUUCAGGUUACCAGGUUUUGCCUAACCAGCAGCAAAACUACCAGGGGUUAGUUGGAGUUCAGCAGUCUCAGAAUCAGAACCUAGUCAGUGGCCAACACAACAGCGCUGGGAAUCAAAUUCAAGGUGUGAUUGUUCCGUAUCCUUCAGUGCCAUCUUAUCAGGUUUCGGUGCCUCAAGGUUCCCAAGCAGUGCCCCAGCAGACGUACCAACAGCCAGUUCUAAUUCCCAGCCAGACAAACCAGGGUGGAAUGCCAGUGUACUACAGCGUCAUUCCCUCAGGCCAACAGAACAACUUGAGUUCAUCAGUAGGAUAUUUGCAGCCUCCUGGAUCAGAGCAGAUACAGUUUCCCAGAACAUCAUCGCCAUGCAACUCACAGCAGCUUCAAGGACAGCAGUGUGCAGGUGGGGGGUCACCACCACCAGGUGGAGGAGUAGUAAUGAUGCAGCUAAACAUACCCAACAGUCCUCAGCCUCGGAACCAUUCACCUCCACAGUGGAAACAGAGUAAAUAUUACUGUGAUCAUCAAAGGGGGCAGAAGUCCACAGAACUUAGCACUUUAGACAGUGCUGCACAGCAUAGUCCUCAACUAGGUAGUCCUGUCACCUCACCGGCCCAGUCACCAGCACCAGCUCAGCUAUCAAACAUGAAGAACAUCCGUCCCACGUUAACACCUCUUUCUAUUGUGUCCCAGUUUUCUAGACCUUUUGUCCCUGGACAAGGAGAUGCCAGAUACCCAUUGCUUGGCCAACCCCUGCAAUACAAUCCACCACCUUUAUUACGUGGACAAGUAACAAGCCAACAGUGUCAACCUGGAAACAGACAUGGAAACAGGGGAAAGAAACCAGCAAAGAAGGCUGCUUCAGCAGAUCUUGGUGCAGGAGAACCAGUUGUGGGAAAAGUUCUAGAAAUUACUGAACUGCCAGAAGGCAUAACUCGUAUGGAAGCAGAGAAACUCUUUGGAGAACUUUUAAAAGUUGGUGCCAAGAUUCGGUGGCUAAGGGACUCGCCGUGUCUACAGACGCAGCAGCACCGCCGCUACUGCGGCAGCGGGGACGGCAGCGCGAGCGCUGAGCCGGCCAGACCCAGUGACUUGGCCUCCACCUACACCGUGCUGGCCACCUUCCCCACCAUGGCUGCUGCUCAGAACGCGCUGAAGAAACAAAACAGUACCUCAGUGAACAAGUUCAGGCUGAGAACAAGCAAGAAGCACUACGACUUUCAUGUUCUGGAAAGGGCCAGUUCUCAGUAGCAGUUACAUCAGUGGACACUCAGCCUUUACUACUUCCAUGUCCUCCUCUCCUUGAUUGGCUUGAUGUUACGGGGUUUCUGUUCUCUUCACAGAGCCUCCUGGGCUGUUCUGUCGUAUGACAUGAGCCACUGAAGAGUAACUAUCCCAGUGAUCCAACAAGAUGAAGAAAAAACCACACAGAGUGAAUCCCAGACAAUAGCAAGGAAUCAUCUUUGAGACAGGCAGCUUUCUACAAGGAAUGCUGUUUAAAUGCCCCCUACUUUUAUAGUAGUUUUGUUUUGUAUUUUUGAAUUCUUGUAUCAGAUCCAAAGUUCUAUUGUACAGCAAACGUUCAUAAAAAUCCAUAUUCAGAUUUGUAUUUUAUAAUCCCUUUUCACAGCCAGCACACAGCUGUCCAUUCCAAGGCAGGAACCUGAGGAUUGGUGGAGGGGAAAAGAGAACCAUUUUCAAUGAAUUACACUAAUUUUCUAGCAAACUACCCUAAAUCUUCAACUUAACCUGUUCUUUGUCCCUUGUGGCUUUUUUUUUUUUUUUAAGGAAAAAAAUAAGUUUCAUAACUAACUCCCUAGAUGGUCAUUUUCUUUUGAGAUUCUUUCAAGCAAUGUCAAAAGAAAUUACAAGUAUGUUGUACUCUUGAAGGAUUAGCUUCUGAUCCAUCAGGUCUAAUAAUUAUUUAAAGGGGAAUAUGAAUAGGUUACAAGGAAUGUUCACUGAAUCACAUUUUAGUAUUUCUUUUCAGCAAGUGUGAAGAAACUAAAAUGUCUCUUCACAAGUGACAAAAUGUUUGCACUUUACCUGCAUUCCCACCAGUAUGGAUCUCUCUCUCUUCCUUUUCACGCUAAGAUAAUUGUUUGAGAAGUGCUGGAAGCCUUUUUAAUGGUUUAAGUUUUCAUCAUUUGCAGAUGCUCACUGGACAUUAAAGAUUCAUUGCACAUAAAUGAAACAAAAUUUUUUCAAUUUGUGUAAUUUGCAAGGCUGUACAACGUGUGCUGAUGCAAGCCUUUUUCAGUUCAAGAAAAUAAAUGUUUACAAACACAAA